AUGCAGAUCACUGUGAACUCGUACCUUGGCAAAUUGAAGAAGACCCAGAUUGGUCGAGUGUAUGUGGAAGAUCUGGAUGAUUGGGAUUUGGGUGAUAAGACGUUCACAUGGAAGGAAUCGUUGCCCGGUUUUGAGUUGUCACCAAAAGGAGAGAUAACAAUGGAUGCCAACAUGCCACCUGGUACCUAUCAUAUGUCAUCAAAUGUGCACGAUAAUCUCCGAAAUGAGAACGCUGUCGGAUAUGUGACCGUCAAUGUUCUGCUAGUACCGGAGGUCGCGUUCGUGAACCAGUUGGACUAUGCAACAUUGCAAACACGUACUGUCCCUGUGUUGAAUGUGCGCUUCUCUGCUCAUGGUUCGCCGUACAAGGACUCUACACAACUGAACGGUCUGAUUUCGGCAAAUCGAGAUGAACUGCAGUCGAAAAUGGGUACCACAAUUGUCGGAGUGGGCAUAGACAUGUGCAAAUUCACCGUAUGCGAUUCGGGAUGUCAAACAAUCAGCACAGCAGAUUUUAAUGGAGUGGUUGUCUCAGCGAACAGUACUGUAUUAGUCGGAGUGAAUGCUCAAUCGAAAGACGAAUGUACUUGUCCCGUAUGGCGUCCACCACCUCAGUGUCUGGCAGGACUGUGCCACAAUGAGGGCGUCUGUCACAACACUCAUCCGGGAUUCUUCUGUGAGUGCCGCAACGACCUCCUAAAGGGAGCAAGGUGUCAGGGAACAACGCGAUCGUUCUCAGGAGAUGGUUUUGCUUGGUAUAAACCAAUGCCGGCCUGUACAAGUCUCAACAUCAGCAUGCAAUUUAUGACACUUCAACCCGAUGCUGUCCUUUUCUACAACGGCCCGAUGGACACAAAAACGACGGAGAAACAAAUCGACUACAGGGACUACAUCAUUAUUCACCUUAGAGGAGGUCGUCUUGUGAUG